GCGGAAUGAAUUCAUCAUUGUAGACUCCCAGCUCUCUUACUGACAGUACCAUCACCGCCUGUAGAAAGCGUCAUCGACAGUCGCAUCCGGGAAUUCUGUCGAGAUGGUCAUGGCGGAGGGUACUGCUGUUCUAAGGAGGAAUCGGCCAGGCACUAAGGCGAAGGAUUUCUACAACUGGCCCGAUGAGUCCUUUGAGGAGAUGGACAGCACGUUAGCUGUCCAGCAGUACAUCCAGCAGAACAUCCGCUCUGACUGCUCCAACAUUGAUAAGAUCCUGGAGCCACCUGAGGGCCAAGACGAGGGUGUGUGGAAGUAUGAGCACCUGAGGCAGUUUUGUUUGGAGCUAAAUGGACUGGCUGUUAAACUACAGAGUGAGUGUCACCCUGACACAUGUACCCAGAUGACUGCCACGGAGCAGUGGAUCUUCCUCUGCGCAGCACACAAGACCCCAAAAGAGUGUCCAGCCAUCGACUACACAAGGCACACGUUGGAUGGAGCAGCCUGCCUUCUGAACAGCAACAAGUAUUUCCCUAGCCGUGUCAGCAUUAAGGAGUCCUCCGUAGCCAAACUGGGAUCAGUCUGCCGUCGCAUCUACAGGAUUUUCUCCCACGCUUACUUCCACCACCGGCAGAUAUUUGACAAAUACGAGAACGAGACCUUCCUGUGCCACCGCUUCACCCGCUUCGUCAUGAAGUACAACCUGAUGUCCAAGGACAACCUGAUCGUGCCCAUCCUGGAGGAGGAGGUGCAGAACGCCGCCACCGCUGCAGGGGAGAGCGAGGCCUGAGAUGGCGGCCAAUAUGGUGGCAGCAGUGGCGCCGUGUUCUGCAGCUCUGUCCAGGCCGUCCCUGGUUCCCUCCUAUAUCCUCCGACGUCCAUUUCUCCAAUUUUUUGGAUAUGUUGUUUUCUGAGCAGCUUAGACUUGACACAUGCAUACUCUGGUGUGCUACUUGUAUAUAUGACCACCCUCCCAGUCCUCCCCUUGGCUUUUAUUCUAACAAUCAUGUGUCGUGGGUGCUUCAGCUUUAAGGUUCUUUCCCUCUCUCUCUCUUUUUUUUCAUGAGCGUGGUUGUAUCCCACCCACCGUAUCCCCCUCCCCAUCAUUAUUAAGUUAUUUAGUGGGGGAAAGGCACACAAGCCUCACCCACAAUUUGUUUUUUAUUUUUCUUAAAUGAACUAAAGUUUGAUAUUUUCAUGUCUCUUAAUAAUUAAAAAAAAAUACUUGUACC